AUGUCUUCGGCACGUUUGGAUGCUUACAUCACAAGUUCUAUAGCUCUUUUAGAGGCAAACCCAUCAUCGACAUUGGUGAGCAUACGGUACCAAAUUGGAGCAAAAGCAGGCAAGGUGACGUUUCGUACAACCAACUCUGAGCUACUGGCCAGGUACAAGUACUCCACUUCCAAAUCCAAAGAUGUUUCAAGGCUGCUGAGCGCAUUAGGACCACGCGGUGUGUCGAUCCAACCAUCUAGCAAAGUGGCUAGGCAGCGUAAGACUUUCCAAAUGAGUCGUCCAACCGAUGUCACUGGUAUGGCAACACUAAUGGCUAACGUUGACGUCCCUGAAGCCGUUGAGGAGGUCUUGCAGCCGAAACCAGCGGCCAAAAAGAAGAAGAAGGGCAAAAAGCGCUAA